AUGCGUUCCCGCCGCGCCCGGGCCCCCCGGCCCUCCCUCCCAAGACUUUUUUCUCGACUCCCACAGGCCUCAGCUAUCUGUGGGGUUGCUACCCUUGCUAUUGGUAGCAACAUGCGCCCGUCAACCCUGCUUUCUGCUGCUGCUGGGGGGUCUCCCGCCAGCCCGGCGCGCCCGCAGCUCUUGGCCAACGAUAAACCACCCGCGCCCGCCCCCAAGAAACGCGUGCGUGGCAACUUCGGUGGCCGAAAGUGGCGACUCGGCACGCUCUCCAUCUUGUGGGGAAGGAGCCAGCCCAUGGCAAGAUUGCCAAGGCGGAGCGAGGAGGGGGACAAGCAACUCGCUUUUGCGCUCAGCGUUCCCACCUCCCACCUCUCCACACUCCUCGGCGAGGGCAAACAUCCGGGCGAGCAAGGGUCGUAUCUAUGUGAUCCCUCCUCUUGCAUUCGGUAG